AUGUAUGAAUCCACUGAAACGUUUGUUCUGACUUGGGUGACACAAAGUGCAACACAAGAGACCACUGUUCUAUAUGGUGUUGAACGACCGGAAAACGUCGUUCAUGGGACCCAAACGACGUUUACAGACGGUGGAAAGGAGCAAAGGAAAACAUACGUUCACUCAGUUACCCUCUCGGAUCUGAAGCCGGAUACGCAAUACGUGUACACAGUCGGUUCAGAUGUGGCAAAAUUGGGGAAUCCAGAUCACUGGUCGUCUACCUUCAAAUUCAGAACGAUGCCAUCAGGUUCCAAUUGGACCUUGCGAUUCGCUAUGUUAGGUGAUAUGGGAGUGGAGAACGCAGUUUCGCUACCCACUUUGGAGAAAGAUGUCACCGAAGAUAAAUACCACAUGGUUAUCCACAAUGGUGACUUUGCCUACGAUAUGGAUGACGACAACGGACGCGUUGGAGACAAGUUUAUGAAUCUCAUUCAGAAUAUAGCAACAACGGUUCCCUAUAUGACAAGCGUUGGAAAUCACGAAGAAGCCUACAUUAACGUUGGUCCCGUUCAUUUCAUCUCAUUUUCCGCCGAGUUCUAUUACUUUCUGCACUAUGGCACGGAACAAAUCGUCCGUCAGUUCACCUGGCUGGAAAAAGACCUCCGGGAGGCGAACAAACCGGAAAACAGAGCAAAACAUCCCUGGAUCAUUGCAUUCAGCCACAGACCGAUGUACUGUUCCAACAGUGAUGAUACAGAACACUGCCCAAAUCCUGAGAACAGGAUACGCGUUGGUUUCCCAAUUGUCAACGGCCUAUACCGUGACUAUGUCCUCGGAUUGGAGAAGCUAUUUUUUGAACAGGGUGUUGACGUUAUCUUCGCCGCGCAUGAACAUUCAUACGAAAGGUGUUACCCAGUCUUUAAUCUGAAAGUCUGUAAUGCAUCCGCACAAGACCCCUACGACAAUCCUACUGCGCCGGUGCACAUUGUGAGCGGAUCAGCUGGCUGCAAGGAGGGCGAGGAUCCCUUCGUGCCUAAUCCCCAACCUUGGUCGGCCUUCCAGUCAGAUGACUACGGCUAUACCAGUGUUGUCGUGCACAACGUUACACACCUGGAACUAGAGCAGUUUUCCGUUGAGGGGCCUGAACCCGUGAUAAUUGAUAAAAUGAUGCUGAAGAAAUCUCAUCCGCGGAUUCCUUUCAGUUGCAAUGCUGAGUCAUUAGAAAUGACUGCUGACUGGCAUUACACCAGUUUGGGUGAAAUUCUCGAAAAAACCAUUUUCUCGACGCAAGUGCUUACGUCUGGCAAGUGA